CAACAAUCCCAGAUCAGCUUUCGCAAAGCGAGAAACAGAUGUGUCAAACACCAGGUUUAGGAUGAGUCUGUGGAGGGAUGGAGUCCGUCUCUCCCAGCCCAGCCGAGGAGCAAAGGUCAAAGUUGACAAGGAAAGAGCGAGCUGCUAUGAGACGCCAGAGGUUGGUAGCAGUGAAUGAUGAUCGCGAAGGUUCAGUGCCACGUCUUUGCAUUGAUCUCAGCCUUGGACAUCUCAUGAGUGAAAAGGAGAUCGGGGGUCUUGUUUGUCAGAUCAGACAGGUGUACGGAGCUAACAGACAAGCUGAUAGACCCAUGCAGGUCUGGCUGACGAGUCUGGACACAGAGGGCAGCAUAUAUAAAGCAUCACUGAGGAAGAAUGAUGGAUUUGAACACUAUGUGAUGAACAAGACCAGUCAACAUUACAGUGCAAUAUUUUCUCAGGAAGAAAUCGUUUAUCUCACUCCUGAUUCCCCAAAUGUUUUAACUGAAAUCCAGGACAGCAAGGUGUAUAUUAUUGGUGGCCUGGUCGAUGAAUCAGUAUUAACUAAUAUGACCUUUGACCUUGCCAAAAAAAGAAGUUUCCAUACUGCCAAACUACCUAUAUCAAGAUGCAUGAAGCAUGCAGAGAGGGGAACAUUCAGCCAAGUCCUUGCCAUAAACCAAGUGUUUGAUAUUCUGCUAAGGUAUUACAAUACAGGGAACUGGGAGUCGUCUGUUGUAGCCGUCAUGCCAAAAAGAAAAGGCUUCAUUCCUAAGUGACAGGUCAGAGAUACCUUAGGAGCAGUCCCAAGUGCA